AUGGGUCGUUGUGACUGCAGUCGAAGAUCUCUCCUGCAGACUUUCAGGGGUGAAGCCGCGACUUAUGAAGCUGCGACUUAUGAAGGGAGCGAAACGACAAAGCUGUGUUGGAAUGACGACGAAGUCCUAAGUUAUCGACGUAGGAAGUUCCGAUACGUUGCGCUGCGAUGUACCGCCGUCGGGCGAGCCGAGACCAGCGAUCGAGGACAAGUUGCAACGUCGGAGAUUUCCGACGUACCGUGUAUGGUUGGCCGCCGUUGUUGCCGAAUCGCCAGUGUGCUGAAGCGGAUGCUUCGCCGUGGACUGCAAGACGACGACGCAAUGAAGCGGAGCGACCAAAGCGGCCCUUGUCACACGCAUGCCCACAUGCACGCAUGCAAGUGGCCGCCACCAAGAACAAGCUCUGGCCACGAGCCCAACUGCAGACGGACACACAAGCGCGGGCUCGGAGAGUUACGAGCAAACACACACCACUCAGCAGCAAAGCUAAAAUUCCAAAAAUUCCGAAGGGAAGUACAGCUGACCACCUCUACCAGAAGCGGCACGGCACAGCUCGCCAGUCGACACAAUGAGUACCUGAAAAGACCGCCCAGUCUGGACGAAAAAGAGCAUUGCUCAUGCAGACUCUUGCAGCUGGAAGCAGCCUUCCGACACGGCUCCAAUCGGAUCUUCCGCAAUCGCGUUUUCGUGAUUCGGCUGCAAUGUGUUAGACCGAUAGAGACGACAGAUAUUGGUCACGCUGACUAA